AUGUCGUCCCUUCGCAACGCCGUACAGAGGCGCUCCCAUAGGGAGCGUGCUCAACCUUUGGAGCGCCAGCGCUUCGGCCUUCUCGAAAAGCACAAGGACUACUCCCUCCGUGCCAAAGAUUACAACAAGAAGAAAGCCCAGAUCAAGUCUCUGCGUCAAAAGGCUGCUGAACGUAACGAGGAUGAGUUCUACUUCGGCAUGCUCAGUCGCUCCGGCCCGGGAUCGCGCCUCAAGGAUGGCAAGGGCUGGUCCGGCACAGUCGCCGGCGACCGCGGUAACAAGGCAAUGGAUAUGGACACAGUCCGUCUGCUCAAGACACAGGAUGUUGGAUACAUCCGUACGAUGCGCAACGUCAUCUCCAAGGAGGUGAAGCGUCUAGAGGAGCAGAUCGUGCUCAUCGGUGGCGUUGAUGCUGCUUCCAACAACGACGACGAUGACGACGACGAGGACACGAAGCCCGCGAGACCAAGAAAGAUUGUUUUCUUGGACGGCACCGAGGAGAGAGACGAGGCCGUCGAAGAGGCAAUGGAACUGGUUGAGGACGACGAGGACGCUGAAGACGAGUUUAAGGGAUUCGACGAUGAGGACGAGAAGGACGAUGCUAAGCUUAAGAAAGAGAUGGCGAUAGCGAGAUUACGGUUGCAACUACAAAACGCGAAAAAGAAGCUCAAGGUUCUUACGCGGGCUGAGGAUGGCCUUGAGAUACAACGUGCGAAGAUGGCCAAGACGGCAACCUCUGGCGGUGUCACCAAAAAGGGCAAGAAAAUUAUGGUUCGGACGCGGAAGAGGUGA